UAUCGUGAAUCAAGUUUAACAAAACGUACUUAUGAAUAUGAGUUUAUCUAUGCAAGUAAGCCAGAAGAAGAAUAAAAAAACCAGCAAAUAGUUAUUUUCAAGUGAAUCCGAAGCUGAAGAAAUCCGAUUAGAACAGUCAUUACAACAAGAAUGCUUAUUAGUACAUUCUUGUUACUUAUUCUUAUUGGAUAUUUGAUAUACCAUUAUUAUGUGCAAUAUGGACCAAUAGGACGACUUAUUAAUAAUAUACCAGGACCAUCAGGUUAUCCAAUUAUUGGUAAUACAUUACAAUUAUUAAUUUCAAGAGAAGAUCUUUGGAAACUUCUAAAGAUUUUAAGUGACAAAUACUCUGUUUGGAAAUUAUGGUCAUUCUUUGAGUACAUAGUAUCUAUCAGACAUCCCGAUGAUCUAGAGAUAAUACUAAGUAGCACAAAGCAUAUCAAUAAAAGUAGACUUUAUAAUGUAUUACAUCCUUGGUUCGGCACGGGUCUUCUCACCAGUGGAGGUUCCAAAUGGCAAUCUCGACGAAAAAUAUUAACAUCUGCAUUCCAUUUUAAUAUAUUACAACAAUUUGUUGAGAUUUUAAUCGAAGAGAGCGAGAACAUGACGAAGUCUUUGAAAAAUACAGAAGGCACAGUUGUAAAAAAUUUAGUACCAUUCAUUAGUGAACAUACGCUGAACGCAUUGUGCGAAACUACUAUGGGCAUCUCUCUAAAAGAAAUGAAUUUAGAUCAGCAACGAUACCGAGAUGCAGUUUAUAAAAUGAAUCAAAUUAUAAUUUAUAGAAUGAUGAGGCAAUGGCUGAGAAAUGAUUGGAUAUUCUCAUUAACACCUAAAGGUAGAGAACAAGUAAAGAUCCUGAAGAUAUUGCACGGAUUUACUAAAAAAAUUAUUGCAGAAAGAAAAGUUUAUCAUAAAUAUACCAAUGGGCAAUAUUUAAAAAAUUUUGGCGAAGAAGCAAUUGUAGAGACAGAUGAUAUAGAUAAUAUUAAAAAACGAAAAAAAAGACUCGCUAUGUUGGAUCUUUUAAUACUGGCGUCUCAAGAAAAUCUUUUGACUGAUUUAGAUAUUCGAGAAGAAGUUGAUACCUUUAUGUUUGAGGGUCAUGAUACUACAGCAAUGGGUAUUUGUUUUGUUUUAUCAUUAUUGGCUGAGCACAAAGAUAUACAGCAAUGCACAGAGUCAUAUUUAUUACCUCCAAAAACAAUGCUGCAUCUUAAUAUCUAUGGAGUCCAUAGAGAUCCCAAUUUUUGGUCAAAUCCAGAGAUAUUUGAUCCAGAUAGAUUUUUGCCUGAGAAGAUCCAAAAUCGUCAUCCUUACUCGUAUUUACCAUUCAGUGCUGGACCACGUAACUGCAUCGGUCAACGAUUUGCUUUGCUGGAAAUAAAGGCAAUAAUAGUCUCUCUGAUUCAUAAUUUCUUCUUAGAGCCCAUUGAUUAUUUAAAAAAUGUACGAUUAAUAGCUGAUUUAGUGAUCCGGCCUAUUGAUCCACAUCGCAUAAAAUUUAUUCCAGUUAAA